AACAAUACAACAAUGGCGGAGAAGCGAAAAACGAGCACUGGAAUUAUUGGAGAUGACAGAAAUCAGGAGUCAGAUAGGCACUUUUUAGAAAGGACAAGUGUGAACAACAUUAUAAAGGAUAUGCUAGCCAAAGUUUUAGAAAACAGGCCUGCAAACCCAGUUGUGUACAUAGCAGAAUAUUUUGAAAAUCUGGAUGAGAAGAGUAACAAAGUGACUCAGGCCCAUCGACAGCUAUUGCUAACCCACCACUCUCGACCAGCCUUUGAGAACAAUGUAAGGCAGGCGUAUGAAUCUCUUGGAGUGCACAGAGCCAACAGAAGCACAUUAGGAGUGAAUGGACUGGUGUUCACAGAGUUAUUACAAGUCAUUUGCAGGGACUUUCCUGAAGCAGUGAAAGAAAAGGUAAUGAAGAAAUUAGCAUGCAGGGACUGGGAGGUGGUUACACAUGAUGUCUUCAGGUCUGCAAUCUUCACAUGUUUUGUAUUAAAAGACUUCCUUCAGGAGGCAGAAUCCCUGUACUGGUCCAUAGAUCUGAAGCACAAUGGAGAAGCUGACAAAGUGCUCUGUGAUGCUGUACUACACCAGAUUCUUAUAGCUGUGUCCAGCUCAGAGAGUGACCCAAAGUGUGUGAUGGAUGCUGGCUACUCAUUGGCACCUGACCGUCUGUACAUGGCACUGAAUAAGGCCUUGGCAAAUUCUUCAACUGGGAAAUCUAUAAUGCCCUGUGAGGAGUUCAUUAUCACAGCUGCAGAUGCUUUCUUACUCAAGGUUAAGGGAUUCAAGUAAACGUAAAAGUAUGAGUUGAUCCAUAGGAAAAUUGAUCAUUUGGAGAGGAGAGUUGAAGAGCUUAGGAGAUGUCCUGGAAGAUGGGGCACAAAUCAGUUAUCUUAUUUCAAAAACAUUUAUAAUACACAGUUCAUACAGAAAAAUACUUGUUAAAUUCAGGGACUUUCAAGGACUUUCAGGACUCAAAUUCAAGCACUUUUCAAGGACAUUUUGGUCAUCAGGAAAGGCAACUGCUAUUAAUCCAUACAACAAACAUUUUAUAGUUGUACAUAAUUUAUGAAAACAAUUUAUUUUACAAAAAUAAAUAAAUAAGAGAGUAAAAUGGAAAAGAUGUAUAUAAAAAAAUUUAAGGGGGGGGGGGAGAGGUAAAAAUAAUCUGUAAUGAUCACUCUCUGACAAUCUUCUGUGAACAAUGUCCCUUUAAUAAAUAUCAAAAUUGGUUUCUCAUCUUCCUUGGACCGUGAACUAUCUCCCCCUGACUAUCUUCUGCAAAUGAAGUCCCUUGAAUAAAUAUGAAAAUUGGUUUCUCGUCUCGCUAGGACCACAAACCAUCUCCCGCCGAAGAUAUGAAAAUUGCCUUAUUGUCUGUCAACCAAUUAUGAAAAGCUACUUUGAGAGUGGUGGUAAUAAAUUAUGAGAAUUACGUAAGCACAGGAACAAAAAAUCCUGCCUCAAUAUGAGAACCAGACAACUAUGGAGUUUUUAGCCUCCAAAUUCUACAAAAUGUCAAUUAUUAGUAUGUUUAUAAAUAAGCCUCACAUAAGAACUUAUUAUAUUGUAUAUUUUAUUUUUAUUUCAAUUGAAGAUUCCAAUUUAUAAUAAACAAGAAUGUUUGAUGCAUGUA